AAGUCUUCAGUUGGCAGGUGUCUCACCUGUAGGCUCCUUUUAGACCUGAAGAACAAAAAGGUGCCAGGCACGCUUGACACAUGGGAAAACUUAGAAGGAGUGCUAGAGCAAACUAUAAAUAUAACAUAAAAAGGAUUGUCUGUGACAAGAAAAAUCCCAGGUUGUCAUAAUGGAUGGACUGAUCUGCCCCUUAUCAUAAAUUCAUGAAAGGAACUUAUCAACAUAUUAGCAAACAUUAAUCAUUAUAUUUAUUUUAUGAUUUCAUAAUGUCUGUCUGACAUUUUUUGCAGCUCUCACACACUUUAAUAUUGUUGUAUUUCAGAUUCUCCUCUUAUUGUAAAUAAUGUGGUUUCUAAAACGAGGCUGGUGGCUACAAUUAUUACAGUUCAUCGCUGUACUGGGAUCACUAUGGACGCUUUCCCUACUUAUUCCACUGAAAAGAGGUAGACGUCCUGCCUACAUCCUCAGGUAUCAAUGGCUAGAGUACACCAAUAUUGAUGAGAGCCCAGAGAAAGUUUGCAACUGCUCAGCGAUCCUGCAGGGAGAGAAGGAGGCAUUGCUGAAAGCAAAAUUACUGACCAUCACCAAAGACUUCCAGAAGAUUAUUCAGAUCCCUGAUGAGUAUUAUAUUAACGCAACCCAAAACUGCAGGAAAUUCCAAACAAGCAGGAAAUACAUAACAUUCCCAUUAAGCAAGGAAGAAGAGGAGUUUCCGCUAGCUUACUCAAUGGUUGUACAUCACAAGGUGCAGAACUUUGAGCGACUACUGCGAGCUAUCUACGCACCUCAAAAUAUUUAUUGUGUCCAUGUGGACAAAAAAGCACCGGCCUCAGUCUUUAUUGCCAUCAAUGCCAUUACUUCCUGUUUCCCAAAUGUGUUCAUGGUCAGCAAGACUGUGGAUGUGGUCUACGCUGGAUGGACACGUGUACAGGCUGAUCUUAACUGCAUGGCUGAUCUCUAUAACACCAGUACAAACUGGAAAUACUUCAUCAACCUCUGUGGUCAGGAUUUCCCUCUAAAAACUAACUUGGAAAUUGUGCAAGCUUUGCGUUCACUGAAAGGAGGUAACAGUUUGGAGUCGGAAGAAAUGCCUCAAGGAAAGAAGAGGAGGGUGAUGAAUGUUUACCAAGUAGUUGAUGGACAAAUCCAGCCAAUAGGAAAAACAAAGGAUCCAGCUCCCUUCAAUCUCCCUAUACUAUCAGGAAAUGCCUACAUUGUGGUCAACCGAGGUUAUAUUCGCAGUGUGUUGGAAGACAAGCGAAUACAGGCCCUCAUUGAGUGGGCCAAAGACACCUACAGUCCUGAUGAGUUUCUGUGGGCAACAAUACAACGAAUGCCUGGUGUUCCAGGCUCAACAUGGCCCAACCGUAAAUUUGACAUGACAGACAUUAAUGCAAUUGCACGGAUGGUGAAGUGGCAGUGGCACGAGGGGUCAGAGGAUUCUCUGCAAGCAGUAUACCCAGAAUGUAAAGGCCACCAUGUCAGAUCAAUAUGUGUGUAUGGUGCUGGAGACCUGCAGUGGUUGAUUGAACAGCAUCACCUUUUUGCCAAUAAGUUUGAUGCAGACAGAGAUCCCAUUGCUAUCUACUGCUUGGAGAAAUAUCUGAGACACAAGGCACUGACUGAGUUAGUUUAGGUGAAGUGUUAAUUAUCUAUUAUAAAUGACAAUUCUAUUAGAUACUAAAACUAUGAACACAUUCUCGGAUAGCAUUGGAUCAUAAUUGUCAUGUGGAGAUAGAUGUGUUAUGAAAGUUGAGGAUGUACGUAAAAUAUUAAUUUCAUUAUAGGUUUUUUUUAAAACUCUGCACGUCUUUUAAUGUUUAUUAAAAAUUUAAUUACAAUUAACUAUAUUUAUAUUUCAGCAGACAAACGUUACUAAUCUAGCAUGGCGUGUGAAAGUUUCAUAACCCAAUGGAAAAACUCCUUGUGGCUUGCAUAGAUACAAAUACGAAAUAUUAUUAGUUUCGAAAUAUUCUGUAAAUUCAAUUUUAUUUACAUGACCUUAAAUCACAAUAACGGUUGCCAAUAUUAUAGAAACAACCCCAACAAUCAGAUGACAGCCUAAGAGUGAGCUCAUGGCAACAUUUUUAACAGGAAGAAACAGCCUUAGGAAGGGGUGGCCAACAGCUACGUCUGAUUAGGGUGUGAAAGGAAGGAGACAGAGACAGAGAUUGAGAAUGAAUACCAUGUAUGCCAUAAAGAAAGAUGUACAAAUAAAUAAAAGUGAUAUGAUCUAACCUAACUCUCUAAAUAAUAGACACAGUAAGAAUAACUGUCUUGCAUUCAUGCAUGCAUACACACACACACACACACACACGCACGCACAUAUGUUCAGUACUAGCACACUUCCCUGAUUUUGGGUGUGCGUGUCAGAGUAAUUUCAAACUAAAAGCAUUACAAACAACUUCUGUUACAGAACAAUACAACUCUGCUACUUUAUUCUUACAGUGACAUAAGGGGUGACAACACUGUAAACACUUAAUAUAAAUAUUGACUGAGGGUUAGGGAGUGCAACAUAAUGUGAAACAUUGCUGUAUAUGAGUGACCCACACCUUCAUAAUUUCAGCUGGUGUCGUCAAAGUAUUUGGAUGUUCAAACACAAAUGUAAGACAGAACACAAGAAUUAAUAUAACAAAAAACAUCACCAAAUAACAUACUGAAUUUAUUUUGUUUUUUAAUUUCUGUAUUACAUGUAUAAAGACAAAUACUUCAUCUAUAUUGAAUUUUAAUUAGUAAGUGGCAUCAGGCAGAUUGCUGACAUAAUU